AUGGCGUCGCCAAUGCCAUCAGCGCCUGUGGGUAACUGGGGAGGUAACGGCCAAGCGAUGCCACCACAGCCUCCUCCUGGCCCAGCAGAUAUGGAUGAUGCGGGUGUCCAGAUUCGAACCAUGGGCCUCAAGGUCAUUUACGCGUUCGCCGACAGCGGCGAGAGCUUCCUGGCACGACACUCAGAACUACUCACCGUCCAGACAGUACCAAUCGACGAGAAAACCACAGUCGGCAUGGUAGACUUGAAGUUGUGUGCCCAGGCCGUUGUUAAGUGCAGCCCUGAGCUGCUGAGCGACGCCACUCGCGACUUCGCCGUCUACGCAUACGACUACUCCGAACCCGAUGAGCCAUUGGUCGGACAGGGCUUCCUAGGAUGGAUCAUGAACAACACAGAUGGCAAGAGGAUCAUUGGCCGCACCACCAGGAAUCCUCUUUCGGUUUUUAGCGGUGGCGUCAAGGAGAUCUUGGAGAUCAAACUGAAGCUGAAGCCAGUAGCCGCCAUGACACAACCGAGAUACGAAGUCGAACCUAGACCAGACGCUCGACACUCAUAUCAGCGCUCUGAAAGCCACAUGAGCGUCGAGAUACAACCCACGAGACCCAAUGAGGGUGCACUCACGCCCAAUAGCCAUGCCGAGUGGGCCAGCUUCAUGCAGUCGAAUCAGCAGAUGGGCAACCAGCAACAUCCCCAAAAUGGUGCAUCCCCUCACCACCUGCCCCAGCACCACAACGAGUUCCAUCAUCAACCACAACCACCACAGCAACGACAACAAAUGCAGCGAAGCAAUUCUUUUGCCUACAAUGGACCCCCGCCACAGCAAAUGCAAAAUUCACAACUUCAACAGACCAUACGCCAAGCGCCCAUGCAAAAUUCUGAAGGGCCUAAUCGGGUGGCCCCUACCCUUGUUGACACAGCAACCGAGACCCAAGUGAAUCCACCAUCGAGACCAUCAUCCAGGGCUUCAAACACAUCAAAGAAAUCAAGAUCUACCGGACGACCGCGUGGUCGCCCCCGAAAGCAGCCGAGGGCUGAGACUCAAGGUAACACGUCGGGCUAUGAGGAUGGAACCGAUGGCGACGAUGGUCCAGCCAAGAAGAAGAGGGCAACCAUGACCCAGGUCACAGGCAACAUCAAUGCCCCUUUUGGUGGCGGCUCUGGCCCUCUCCGCGUCACAGCAAGCACGGCUGGCUCCUUGCGAACCUUGCGACCGGCCGGAAUUUCUCAAGACCCUUCUAUGGGCCCUCACAUGCAGGAUGUGCCUAGAGCCCCGACACCCGUCCCAGACAGAGGUCCCUCAAUGCCACAGGGUGGCAAGGCCACGAAGGGUAGCAAGUUGCGUCGGCAGUCGACAUUGAGCCAGGCCGCCACGCCUCCCAGCCAACCCCAGUUUUCCGAACCGCCCUUUGCCAUGUCUCCGAGUCAACAAGAUGGCCGCUCCCCGGACUCAGAGGCCGUGUCUCCCAACUUCUCCGAGGACAGCCCUGCAGCCAUUGGAUCUUCACCGCCCGUCCCUCGUACCACCAGCUUUGUGCGGUCAAGUCCGCCGGCGUCCAGCCCGAUACUCCCUCCUAUGCGAAUGCCAAUGCCAAUGCCACAGCAUGACUCUGGCUUUAUGAGCGGCGGCGUUGACGACCUUUUCGAUGGCGACAUUAUGAAGCCACUUCCGAAACCCGUUGCUACUGCACCGAAACAAUCCAAAGGGCGAAAAACGAAUCGCAAUGAGACCAAGGAACACAUAGAUGAAUCCGGUAUCCCCAUCCAAGUCUUUCAGCUGGCGGAGCAUGUACCCAGCGAAAUAGAUAAUGCUCCGAAGAUCCGGAAGCAACCCCCUCCUAAAGCACCCACUUCGACGCCGUCGACAGAGCCAUUACUGCCUCCUCUACAGCACGCCGUCGGCGAGUCCAACAUGACAGUGCCUCCGCAGCCUGCGGGAAAAGAGCCCUCACCACAACAAGAGGAGCCGGUUGUGGUGAUAAAGCCUGAUGUCGAUAUGGACAGUCAAAGUGCUCCCAGUUUCGAGGCCCCUCGGUCUGAAGAUAGCCUUGACAUAAGACUCGAGCAACUUGUACAAGCUGUGCAGGAUAAAGCACCUGAUGUAGUGUUGCCGGAGCCUUCGACAUCGGCUCCUAGCGCAGCCGAGGUCUUUGCUCUUCCUUCCGCACCACCUUCUCUUUCUCGGUCUACUUCUGCAGGAUUUUCGCAGGCACUUCCUAUGGUCCCGGCCAGCGACCCGAUCGGUCCUAUCGCAUUGCCAGCUCUCCCACUUCCAGAUAUAACCUCUUUCUCCGAAGCGCCCUGCCCGCCAAGCGACGCGUUUCAACCCCCAAGAUCACCGACCCAGGCCCAGAAGGCAAACAAGAAUUAUGUCAAGAAGAAAGCCAUCAGAGAAAAGCUAUUGCAGGCCAUCGAGAGUGGGCAAACCCCCAUGUACUGCAACAACUGUGGUGCUAUUGAGACUCCCACAUGGCGCAAGAUUUGGUCUCAAGAGCAUGAGGGUGUCCCCGAAUUCACCGAGUUUUCGGACAAGCCUGGCAGAAUCACUGCCAUCCUGGUCUUGGAGCGAGAUGAUGAAGAUAAAGUCACCAAAUACCAGGUCAUCAAGAAAGGCUUGGCACCUCAUGAGGAUAAGUCAGAAUGGAAAUGGCAUAUGCUCUGCAAUCCCUGUGGUAUUUGGUUGUGUAAAUGGAAGGCGCAUCGGCCAUCGGAAAAAUGGGAGAAGGACAGAUCUCGACUCAGUCAACAAAGACGGCCUCGGGGUACUGGGCGAGCUCCUAGACCGCCCAGGACGAAGAAGUCGGAUUCGGCAAACCCGCUCAAUCCGACGUCUGAAGCUUACUUCACUACGGACCCCAUCGGGCCCGACGAUCGGGGCAUCUCGCCCAUGGAUGAGAGCAGAUCUCGCGGCAUCUCACAGGUCAGCAAUGCCAACGAAGCUUCACAGCGAUCAGUCUCUCAGCUAUCGAUGUCUCAACCGCCUGACUAUCAGGGCUCACGGCCAGCGUCGCCCGGGCAUGCCUCCAACCCGGGGUCUACCCACUCUCGAGGAAGCGGUACCGCCAAGAGCCCAAUCACCCUCGACAAUACCGACGUGGUGCAAGAUAUGGGUGGCACCCGACGGCUCCUAUUCCCUUCACCUCGAAAGGAAGGCGUUGCUAAGGUCCUGGGCGAGGUUGCCGUUAACAUCGUACAAACUGCGCCGGAACUGAACGUCUCGGCGGAAGCUGCACAAAACAAGGAGUCCACCGACAAGUCUAGCAAGGACGAGGCGCAGAAGGACACCGGGUCGAAUAAGGAGAACCUGGCUAUUCCUAAUGAUGACCUCGAAGAUCUGUUUCGGAGCCCCAUCGCUCGUCCGUCGACACCGCCCCCUCGGGAAAGGCCUGCUAACAGCGGCCCCUUCAAGACUCCCACUCGACCGACACCCAGCCAUCGUCCCAUCACUAGAAGCGUCACUAGGAGUGUCUCGCGGUCGCUGAGGUCGGGCGAUAUGCUUCGAUCACCCAUGGCUAUGCGCCGCACGCCUAUGAGGACUCCGCGGUCGGCUAAGGGCCAAAUCCGGAGGAGCCCUCGCCUGCAUCAUGAAGAGUUCUCUCAGAUGGAAAUGGCCUUGGAGGAGUACCUUUCAAACCAACCGGUCGACCACCAGUAUGACUCUGAUAUGCUAGAGGCUAUGAAUCGAGCAUUGGCGGAGUCCAUGAAUGCUCCUGGUUCAAGUUUUGACAUCACCAGUAUGAUGAUGGAUUCAGACUGUCAACUCGAAUUCGGUGAUCUGUUGGAUUCGCCAUCCAAGCCGACGCCGCGACCGACUCGGCAAACGAGUGAUUACGAGGAUUGGGAGACGUGGGAGAAGAACAUGCGUGAGCGCCAGGCGGCAGAUGAUGCCGCACGCGACUAG